AUGAGUUGCGUGAAAUCAGUGAUGAGAUUUAGGUGCGUAUGUAAAUCCUGGGACUCCUCAAUCACCACUCCUUAUUUCAUCUCCACCCACCUCAACAACAACAACAACAACAACAGCUAUAACAAAAAUCAUGAUAAUGGUUAUGUGAUACACAUGUCAAAUCAUUAUAAUAGGGCAGUGUGUACGGUGGCUUUGGGCCGCACGUUUGAUAGGAUUUCUGAGGUUCAGUAUCCCUUCGAUUUUACUCCUGGCUGUGCCCAUGUAGUCGGUUCAUGCAAUGGAUUAUUAUGUCUCGCUGAUUUCGGUGAAGUUAUAUAUCUGUGGAACCCUAGCAUUAAAAAAUUCAAGAAGUUGCCUGGUACUUGCUUAGGAAAGUUAGAUAAGUUCACAGAUCUUACUAUCGGAUUUGCGUAUCAUUCCGAGAAUAAUGACCACAAGGUUGUGAGGAUUUCAUUUUCUAUUUUCUUGCCAACUGAGGUUGAGGUGUACACAUUAAGUUUAGAUUCAUGGAGAAGGGUUAGAUACAAUUUGACAACCAAUGUUAAGUUUAUUAAUAAUUGUUGUUUUUUGCCAAUUCCAUUGGUCAGUGGAGCUUUGCACUGGAUGGUACGAAUCAUAGAAGGAGAAGAAGAGAAUCGCAUUAUAGCAUUGGCAUUUGAUGUCAAUAGUGAGAAAUUCAAAAGGCUAGCACUGCCUCAUGGUUUUAUCGAGGCAGACACCUUGCAUAGAUAUCUUGCAUCAUUCAAAGAGAAACUGGCUUUCAUUACAUGUGAACCUAUUGAACAACCAGGCUUUCCAUGCCAAUGCACCAUAUGGGUGAUGAAGAAGUAUGGUAUAGUUGAGUCUUGGAAUAAACUUUUUGUUAUACCAUUUGAAAGAAAAGUUCAAUGCCUUGCCUUUACCGAGUAUGGUUCACUUCUGGUUGGCCACAUUUAUGAUCCAGUAGAAAGGCAGCGGCAGCAGGAAGCUUUUAAGUUUGUAUUAGUUGACAUUGAAACUCCACAUGAGAAGAAGGAUCCUGAUAUCCAAUGUCCUUCAUCUGUAGCUACAUUCAUGGAGAGCCUUAUUUUACUUGAUGGACCAAAUGUGGCAUCUUACUAA